CCGUCGUUUAGAACGCGCACAUUCUCGUGUACUCUGCGUGUGUGUUCGACGAACUCCCGGGAUGUCUUACCCUUCUCGUUUCUCGGUCACUCACUGUUUCACGCUCCGUUCGUACGAUUAGGGAGAUGAGAUGAUCGAUUCCGAAUGUGGUUGAGUUAGUGUUUAGCGUUGGUCGUCGCGAAUCACUUGCACAUUGUGCACGGCUCGUCGCGAAGAAGAAGAUCUCGGUUCCCUCCCGCGUGUGUGUAUGGUGCGUGUGUUGACGCAGAAAUUCUGCACCAAAAGUGCAUCAGGAAAGUGUUUCUCCUUGAGCUGGAUGGAGCUGCUCGAUACGGAAUGUGUGAGUGAAGAUGUUCGGGAAGAUGUUUGGCACGGUUUUGGGCCGUUCUGAGUGCAAUCCAUAUCGGAGCCCCGAAGUGCGAACCAGGAACAAGGUCAAAGAAGCCAUCCGCGGGUGCACGUGUGCGCGUGUGAUAGUGAGUGAUGAGUAUUCUGGGGCACACCCGGUUGCGUUAUCAGUGGUACCAGGAAACGGUGCGCACAAAUCGACCAGAAGCAAACAUAACUCUCCCAUUGAGAUCUAUCGCAACGGAUACAAGAACGUACAAGCAUCGUGUGACAUUUACGCUUUGCCCACUACCAAACAUGGAUGUUGCACCGUCCAUGGUGCAACGUUCCGGCGAUAAGCUGAUAGUGCGUCGGGUAGUGAGCGGUGAGCAGGUGCACCUUAACGAACGGCAACCGACCGUCCAAUCGGACGACGGUGAUUCCACCGAUCAACAGCAUCAGCUGCUCGACGGUUGGCGACGCUUUCCCACCGACGCGUCCACCACGCUCGCCAGCUACGACGAGCAGCUUACCGACGGCGAAGGAACACAACCAGGCCCAUCCAUCAAGGCGGACGACGAGCACGAACAACAGCUGCCACAGUGUAAAAUCAAACGCAACUAUUCGUGCAGCCGGUGUACUUACUUCACGCAGAACCCGCGCAAAUAUUUAACCCAUCUGCGUGAUACGCACGGUGAAAAGAUCGUGAUCAAUGAGUGUAAGCGAUGUUUGUAUGCGUCCCGCCAUUACCAGAAGCUGGUACGGCACAUGAAGAUGGUGCACGGUUCGGUUGACGGUAUCCGGAAGUCUUCGUUCGGAUCGAGUCGACGGCGUGUGCAGAAAAGUUACGGCCAGGUACACCUCGGACAGGUGUUAUCGGCGGGAACAUCGAAACUGUCCCGCGAGGAAGCGAAUCAGCUGACCACCGCCUACGUGCAACAGCUGGUGGCGUCUGGAUUACCGAAGUUACUGGAGGAGAUAGAGAAAUCGGCCGCAGGAGCAUCACUUGCGGCAGCGAACUAUUCCCGAGACAAUCAAAUGAUCAAGGUGGAGAUGGAUCAGUUAAAGCAGCCAUAUUCAGCUGAUGAGACCGUCCAAGAGGCUAGCGAACGUGAUAGGAUAGACAGCAAAUCGUCGGAAGAUGCCAUUCCAGUGUCCAAGAAACGAUCCCGACCAAUACCCAAACUUAUCCCACUAAAUAUGUCCAUAUCUGGUACGUCUUCAUCUGCGCCAAAGGCCACAACACAAAAGUUUGUGAAACCAAUACCCCUGGCCGUACUGACGGCGGAGAAAUGUGAGAAUGAGCGUGCCACGGAUGAGUAUCCGCUUAGUUUAACGAAGCACCAACCUCCGCAAUCCAUGACGAGCGCUCAUGAGGACAUGGUGACCAAAUGUAUGUACUGUGAGCUGUCGUUUAAACCGGUCGAAGCACUCGCCAACCACAUGAAGCUAGCGCACAGGGACGACCUGAUAGCAUCAUUGCUAGCGAACUCGUUCGAAGAAACACCCGCGGACAGCAAACAUAUCCCACGACCUAGUGACGCGGAGCGUACUGCAAAUGAAAUAUGGAAACGACUGCUGGAGUGUAGUGCCGAAACCGUCCAUUCCAAUAAAGUAGCGGACUACGGUAGCACCGGUGGCACCAGCAGUAAGGAUGCACGUCCCGGUACCAUCUCAAACGACGAAACGGAUGAUGACAACCGGGAAGAACAUCAGUCACAGACGUACUGCGGUGUGGAGACGGCACCGGGCUACGGUGAGGUAACUAACCGGCUUCCAACAAUCGAUCCGGGUGGUGGUGGUGGUGCUGGCGGUGGUACGGCACUGAUGAAGAAAGUCUUCAAAUGUCCCCACUGUUCGUUUUGGGCAUCAACGGCGUCCCGUUUCCACGUGCAUAUUGUUGGGCACCUGAACAAAAAACCGUUCGAGUGUUCACUGUGUGCCUAUCGGUCUAACUGGCGCUGGGACAUCACGAAGCACAUACGCCUGAAGACGAUACGGGAUCCAAACCACAAAAAUGCGGGCGUACUGAUGAACGAUGAGACGGGCCGAAGGAACUACACCAAGUACAAUAAAUACAUCGCACUCAUGCAGAUUACGGACAAGUAGCGUAGGAAGGGGGUGGGAACAAGUGGGAAGGACAACUAAAGCGAUUGAUGGAUGUUAAUAUAGGAUCUCUUGCGUUUGAAGGAAUAUACGGGGCACUGGUGUAAUCCUUUUAUCUCCGUAUGCUUCCGUGUGAGUGAGUGAGUCUUUGAAAUAGUGUCCCAAGCGCUGGUGAUACAUGAGGCUAGAGAGAAGAAGGGAAGGAAGUCGUAACCAGAUUAUUGCCUGGGAAGAUGGAUAAGACAUACAACAACAUCACGGGACAUCGUCCAACAACAGGAUCGCUUUUCGGGCUUCUGACAAAGAACUUCAGAGGGCUUCAGAGGCUGGAGGGCAUGAACUGGAGUGAUUGUGGAUGAUGUUUUUUUUUCUUCGAUAUAUUAUUCCAAAUUUACAUUAUUGGAUGUAAAGCUCUUCCUGUGCAACAAGAGGUAAUAUAUUGCUUUUCUGCCAGUGUCAAGUUCAACAACGUCCAACCGAAAAGUAAGAUGCCCUACGAUGGCGUCGUGAGUCGACGAGUCCUUACUCGCAAUCAAUUUUGCGAAUUUUCCCAAUUCGCUCCGAUGAACACGAACACUUUGCUUUUGUAUGGAAAAGUCCGUACUUUGGCGUCUGUACUUGGGGAUUUUUCCCUUCCCGCACUCGUUUUGUUUGAAAACCGUGAAAUGUGAUGUUUGAGCGACUUUUGCAGUGGCGACUUGUCCAUAACCACCUGUUUUCUUCAUAUCCUCCACCCCCCCAUUCCUCCCCACCGAUAUGAAAUCCGUCCCUUGCAGCACCUUCCGGAUGGGGACAGCCAACGAACAGGUUGGCGAUUUUUUUAUUGUUGCUUCUUAGUAUGAUUAUUUUGGAAAUGUUUCCAUCGUUUCGCAUUACACCAAUUACGUUACCAGUUAAAUGCGCUUUAUUAGAGUAAUCAUUUGAAGGUGCGCUAUCGGCAGAUAGUGUCACCAGGGCAUAUGGUAUUUAGUUAGAUAAAGACACCGACAAAAAAAAUUGAGGAUACACGACACACCAUCUUUUAAUACCUUUAAUAUGCACCAUUCCGCAUUUCUUCGCAAUUUGAUUGCGAGUCCACAUCCGAUGGACAGAUUGCCAGGAAUCCAAUAUAAGACAGCUGGAGGCAUUACCACGAGAAAAUAUUAAUUGUUCUAGGCAGUUGGGAAGAAUCUCAUUCUUAAUUUAUACACCGUUUGCUACGAUAGUUUUAAUCAAACUCUUUUAUAAUAUUGUGGGUAUAACACUAAAUAAAUAAUAAUACUAUUGAGGAAUUCAAA